AUGUUUCAAAUCUACGUGGGAAGUGCCCUCAACACCUAUUUACACGUGUUAAUGAUGACUCUGAUCAUGGUGUGGGCAGUGGGUUGUGGCUCGUGUAUUGGGGAAAUGGUUAUCUCGUGCCUAAUAUGCGAUGCGACACAACCCGGCAACUCAUGUAUGCAAAUACCACCCGAAGACGCCCACGAGUUUUGGGGAAAUGCGACCACAAGUGAGGAUUGUUUGGUACUAAACAUAUGGACACCUAAUGCGGGAAACAAUAACUCAUCGAAAGGCUCACCACUAAAACCAGUCAUGUUUUGGAUAUAUGGCGGGGGUUUGACUUCUGGGUCCAUUUUCUUUCACGACUAUAACGGCAGUGUUUUGGCCACACAUGAUGUCCUACUCGUGGCCCCGAACUAUAGAUUAGGUCCGUUUGGCUUCUUAUAUGGUGGCGAUGAGACGGCGCCCGGAAAUGUGGGCUUUUAUGACCAUCUCUCCACUAUCUAA